CCCCCACCCUACAUAAAACCAUAUUUAAAUAACUUGACAUUCUCAAAAAUAAGGAGUUACUAUCUCAAGGUCCUUUUAAAGCAAUUUGCUUCAAAUGAAAACAAUGAAGUCUUUUAGAUUGGGAGUUAUCAUUUUCCUUUGUAAGGUAUUUUUGUGUGGAUUUGCGGAGGAGUCUCCGUGUACACCUGGCUUAGAGUCGGAGUUGCUGGUUUUUAAAGUGCACCAAGAUGACCUUUACAAGGGAAAAACACUAGGAAGAGUAAAUUUUAAUACAUGCAAUGGAAAAACAAGAACACUCUUUCAGUCUGUUGACAAGCGGUUUGAUGUGAACGAGGAUGGGACUGUUACUCUGAAGAGACCACUGACUCUUCAUGAGGCUUACGUGGUGUUUCCAGUGCAUGCUUGGGACACCAAUGGCAAGAAGCACACUGUAUCUAUCAGAGUUGAAUUUGUCCAACAUCUUAAUGGGCAUCACAAGGAUACAGUCAUGAACAUCUCCUCUCCACAGAUAGAAUCUCCACUUGAUCCACCUUUGGCAUUUGCAAGGUCUUCAGCACGUCUAAAGAGAGCACCGGAAGGUUGGGUUAUCCCUCCAAUAAAUGUACCUGAGAAUCACAGAGGGCCAUUCCCAAUGAAACUGGUCCUGAUAAAGUCAGAGUAUGCCAAAGAAGUUCAAAUGGUGUACAGCAUCACAGGUGAAGGGGCAGAUCUGGACCCAAAGGGGAUUUUCACUAUUGAUAAAUUUACAGGGAAUCUCUUUGUGACUCAACCCCUCGACAGAGAAAAAAAAGCUUCAUACAGACUUGUAGCUCAUGCUGAAGCACGUGAAGUGGCUAAUAUAAAAGAAGAGCCAAUUGAAAUUAUCAUCAAUGUGAUUGACCAAAAUGAUAAUAAGCCUGUGUUUACUCAAAAUCUUUUUAAUGGACAUGUUCCUGAAGCUGCUGGAAAAGGUUAUGAGUUUAUGACAGUCAUAGCCACUGAUGCAGAUGACCCAGAAACGGACAACGCUUUGAUCAACUACAAGAUUGUCAGCCAAGAGCCUCAAUUUCCAAAACCAAACAUGUUUGAUAUCAACAUUUUAUCUGGAAGCAUUUUCGUGCAAGAACCAGGCAUGGACAGAGAGCAAUGGCCCAGAUAUACUUUGUUAAUUGUGGCUGCUGACAUGAAAGGAAAGGGUUUGGCAACCACUGGCACAGCAGUUAUUACAAUUACUGACAGCAAUGAUAAACCUCCUCAGUUUGAGCAAACUUCGUACAAUGUAUCUAUUACUAAGAAGGAAGUGGAACUGCUUUCAAAAUGCAUGUUACUGAUGAAGAAGAUGCUGGAUCAAGUGCCUGAACACAAUCAUGCACAAAUAGGGCCCAUAGGGUAACAAGAAAUACAUUCUGUCUCCGAUGAUUCAUUUAUAAAACCUAUGCAUAUUUUUGCUGUGAAGAUUAAAUCCAUAAUGUCUUUAUGAAAAAUG